AUGAAAAAAAUCAAACUGAGCAAGCCAGAAAAGCUCAAGCGCAAACCACAGAAUGCACUUGAUGCUCGGUGCCUCGCCAUGAAACGACGGAGCCGUGUGCACGCUGAAAAUACUGUAGGUCAAGCGGUUUCAAACGCUGCUGAAAGAUACGACCGCAUGGAGCAUCCCAUUCCAGGUGGAUCAGGUGAUCACAUCAUACCUUUAUAUGACCUCGCAGCUUUAGACGACAGUGAUCGCGACGAGCAACCAUACCCUCAUGGCCCAUUACACCCCACUCCUCCACCUCAUGAUGUCAAUCUCACCGGCGAAGCGUUUGCUCUGGCUCUCAACGAUGGGUUCUAUGCGGGAAGGCGACAGCUAGAAGAAGAGCAGUGGCGUGCUCAAUAUCCAGCCAUGUUCCCGGUUUUCAUGGCCUGCCAGCAGAGGACCAAUAACUGGUCCAAGGUUGACACUCGUUUCAAGGACUGGAAGGAACGGUGCAACUGUACAGGUACCCUUCGCACUUUUGAUGUCCUUGAUCUUACGUCUGGUUACAUUGGUGGCACACCGGUCAGGCCGCAGGCAGUCAUUACAAUCCGUCUUCUGCGAUUCUUCCACAUAGUUUGGAAGUAUUGUAGCCUGCGAUUCCAGCCAUUUUCCGAGGCUCUUAACGAAUUCCUGGAUGAAGGAAAUCCUUUAUUCUUGGCCAAAGGGGGGAACAAUGGUUUUUUAGUGCCGUGA